CAGUCUGAUUGGACAGUGUCAGUGUGGGCGUCCGUUUUAAAAGGGCCAGUGGAUGUGGCGUGACGGUAGAAGCAUCGCGGUGUAAAAUACUGUUAGGUAAAACACACUUGACAAGCCUUCUCAUCUUAGAGGUGCAUCAGUGUAAAAGAGUGUGGCAGGUGUACAGAUUUGCCAUUUAAAGACAGAAGAUUGAUCUAAAAGUCUCUAAAACGUUCAUUUAGCUCUCAUUCAUAGCUUGACAGUCUCACUUUCAGGUCACUGAGAUAUGUUGAAACUAUUGACCACAGUUGCUCUGCUGACUGUCACUUCAGUGUCGGAUGCUGCUCCGUUGAUGCCUGGACAACCAGAUGCCUUUGAAGAACCAGCUGAUGGAGGUGAGACAGGUACAAGGAGAACUGUCGCGGAUAUUCAGGAUAAUGCAGCACGAGUGACAAGGAUUUUUGAGAAAAUACUGAAGACCAGACCAAUGACGACAUUUCCCGAUGGAGAUGGAAAGACCGUAGUGAUGAGAGCGUUAGACGAAAUAAUUACAGCUACAAGUAACCCAAAUAUCAGAGACAAAACCUUAGACACGGGUGUCAAUAAUCCAUUAAAGACACUAACACUCCUUUCUGAUGGUCACGAGGAGAUUCCGCCAGUGCCGGGCAGCAGUGAUGGAUCUCUGAGGAUUGACCGUAUAAUCAGUUCACCUGAUUCCCAGCGGCAAACGGAGAAGAGCGGACUGUUCAGACUGUCAAAGGUGAUUGAUUCAAACAAGUACGACGACACUCCAUCAGCAGCUGAACGAUCUGAUCCCAUCACGGGGGAGCCGGGUGCUCGAGAGGAGCUGCUGAAGAUGCUGAGUGCACUUGAAGAGCUUCACAAGUUAAUGAACAGCACACUGAGCCAUCGAAUCACCAUCAUGACCAGAGGAAAUGGCAAUGGACGAAGUACCGGGAAGAAGAACAAAAUGGUAGUGACAGAUGGAAACCUGAAAUCCACCACUGCGACCACUAUAGACAGCGGUUGGAUUUCACCGAAGGCCAGCACUGACCAAAUGGAUCCCAAACUCAACGGAAAAGCCCUUAAAAAGUCUCUUCCAUCAGCUAAGAAAACCAACAAGAGAGUGUGCUUCUGGAAGUACUGCUCUCAGAACUGAGUUGAGCAACCCAUUUAGCCAUCAUUUCACCCAGCCACAAAUCCUGUUCUCAAACAUAGAUGCAGACCAUCAAUAACAUCACUGACCCCUCUGACCUGUGACGUGUGUACCUUUGACUUUGUGCACGAAAUGCUCUUAAUUUUCGAUCUACAACAUCUUUGUUGUUGCAAGCACCAAUAAAAAUGACAAAGCAUUCAAAAAAUACUGUGAUAAUAAAGAGAGAACUUUAUUUUUCUAUAGAUAUCUCUCUCGGUGAUCAUUGCAAUAUAAGACAGUAUUUAAGAGUGACGUGCAUUACUGUGAUUGGGGUCACUGUACUAGUGUUUGCACAAGUUCUCAAAGCUCAAAGUUAGAGGUCACUAUGGUGAUGAUGAGGUAGCAAGUCGACUAGAAAGACAGGAUGUUGCCGUUAUGCCUUCUAAAUUGAUCUGAUUGCUCAAAGAGCUGCUGUUGCUUGGGGGACGUUUAAUGAGACCCUAAAAAAAUGCAAGAGAACAAGCCAAACCAUCCUCAAUGACUCGCAUAUCAAAAUCUCAUUCUUCACACAA